AUGGCGACGGAAUCAAUUUGUCUAAAGCCUCUAUCUUUCGCGAGGUUCGCGAAAAACCCAUUAAAUCAAUUUCAUAAAAGAAGAAAUCGUUCUUAUCGAAUUCGUCGUUCUCAAUUCGGUGCAGUCUGCUCAAAGACAGCCGAUUAUCAAGAUUUCCAGAGUUACGCAAGACCUCUGCGUCUCCUACCAGCAGAAGAAGUGAAAGUUUGUAGUGCGAAUCCAUCUUUCACUGUGAGCGAAUCUCGAUCUCUUUAUAAGGUUAAGCUGCAGACAAGUAAUUUAUUCGGUUCAGGCAUCAGCGAUGUGAAUGCUAGAGUUCUCAUAUGCUUGAUAGAAGAAAACGGAGAUUCGGUGUUACAGACAAUACCUGCAAAUUUUUCAAAAAAUGAGUCUUUGGAUCCAGACGUCACGGAGAAUGGUGAAAUCUUCAAGUUCCAGAGAGGCUCUGUUGAUGAAUUCACAUUUGAAGGACCAAAACUCGGCAAAAUCAGAGCUUUUUGGAUCAGUCUUGAGUCUGGUCAAUGGAGAGUUGGAGGAGUGAGCUUGUGGGUGGUUAAUCCACGCGAUGCAGAGACCUUUUGUUACCGAUAUGAUUUUGAAGUUGAUGAAAUCAUGCUCGGAGAGAGCAGUGAGCUAUCGAUGGUGGAACUCAGACCUAACCGUAUCACUGAACUCACUGGCUCCGAUCAGAUCUCUUCGUCUUCAGCUCUGAAUCUUAACAAUGCAGUCGUUUCCAACGAGCAAAGCAUGGAAGAGUACGCAAACUUGAAACUCUCUCUGCUUCUCUACGAUGCGAGUCUCAUCCUUCUUGGAAGUUCUGUCUUUUCCUUCUCACUAGGAAAAAACUCUGCAAUUGCUUUCUUCUUCGGUGGAACAAUGGGAUUUCUCUACUUGCUGCUCCUACAGAGAUCAGUCGAUGAACUGCAAGCACCGGGAUCUUCUUCAUCCGGAAACUCCAAUCAAACACUGAGCGGAAGACUCAAGAUUCCGGUUUUGAGUCUCGCAUUGGCCGUAGGAUUGUCUGUUUUAGCCGUUAGAGGUUACAUUGGAGAAGAUCAUGCUGCAUUUGCAGUCACACCAAGAGAGAUUGUGGUGGGGACUUUGGGGUUUCUUGUGUGCAAAGUAGCCGUUGUUUUGGCUGCCUUUAAGCCCUUGAAGGAAAGGUCUUAA